CGCAUCCUCUGUAUCUAUCCAUAUCUCGUGUGAUCUAAUCUGUUUCACGGCAUCACUAAAUCAUCCUAAUAUGCGCUUUGUUCAAUAUAGAGCUAAAAGGUAUGGGAACAAACGAUGCAACAUGUUCAGGACCAAUGAAAGCAACCUCCAAUGGAGUCUUUCAAGGAGAGAAUCCUCUUCAUUACGCGUUGCCUCUUCUGAUACUCCAGAUCUGCAUCGUUCUUUUUCUCACUCGUGUUCUUGCUUUUCUCUUCCGUCCUCUCCGGCAACCACGUGUCAUCGCCGAGAUAGUGGGUGGAAUAUUACUUGGGCCAUCAGCUCUUGGGAAGAGCUCAAAGUUUCUCAGUACUGUUUUUCCAACAAAGAGCCUAACGGUGUUAGAAACACUUGCAAACCUAGGACUCCUCUUCUUCCUCUUCCUCGUUGGUCUCGAGCUUGAUCCCAAAUCCCUCAAGCGAACAGGAAAGAAAGCUCUCUCCAUCGCUCUAGCCGGAAUCACUCUCCCCUUCAUCUUUGGCAUCGGGACUUCGUUUGCUCUCCGUAGCUCCAUCGCUGAUGGUGUUAGCAAAGCUCCUUUCCUUGUCUUCAUGGGCGUUGCUCUCUCCAUCACAGCUUUUCCCGUUUUGGCUCGUAUCCUCGCUGAGAUCAAGCUUCUUACAACUGAUAUCGGAAAGAUUGCUUUGUCCGCGGCUGCGGUUAAUGACGUGGCAGCUUGGAUCCUACUUGCUCUAGCGGUGGCUCUCUCCGGCGACGGGAGCUCUCCUUUAACAUCUCUAUGGGUGUUUCUUGCGGGUUGCGGUUUUGUCGUGUUCUGUAUAUUUGCCGUGCAGCCAGGGAUGCAGUGGCUUGCAAAACGUUGUCCUGAAGGAGAACCGGUUAAAGAACAUUACGUGUGCCUCACGUUAGGUGUUGUUCUUGCUGCUAGCUUCGUGACGGACCUUAUUGGGAUUCACGCGCUGUUCGGUGCGUUUGUGAUCGGUGUUAUCUUUCCUAAAGAAGGUCAUUUCGCGAGUUCUUUGGUUGAGAAAGUUGAGGAUCUCGUGUCAGGUCUUUUCUUGCCGCUUUACUUCGUCUCCAGUGGUUUGAAGACAGAUGUGGCGACCAUACAAGGAGCUCAGUCUUGGGGACUAUUGGUUUUGGUUAUCUUUAAUGCUUGUUUUGGUAAGAUUGUCGGCACGGUGGUGGUUUCUCUUUACUGCAAAGUUCCUCUUGACGAGUCAUUAGCACUAGGUUUCUUGAUGAACACGAAAGGUCUUGUUGAGCUCAUUGUCCUCAACAUUGGUAGAGACAGAGGGGUUUUGAACGAUCAAGUUUUUGCUAUAAUGGUUCUAAUGGCUAUAGUCACCACGUUCAUGACGACUCCUCUAGUUUUAGCAGUUCAUAAACCGGGAAAAUCCUUAACCAAAGGGGAGUACAAUAACCGAACGGUCGAGGACACAAACCAGUCUAACAAACCGCUUUGUCUUAUGUUCUGUUUCCAGAGUAUAAUGAACAUUCCCACGAUAGUCAACCUCAUAGAAGCAUCACGAGGCACGAACCGUAAAGAAAGUCUAUCAGUCUACGCCAUGCAUCUCAUGGAGCUCUCGGAGAGAUCAUCAGCUAUACUAAUGGCACAUAAGGUCAGAAGAAACGGUCUCCCUUUCUGGAACAAGGACAAAACCGGGAACUCUUCCGACAUGGUGGUGGUCGCAUUCGAGGCUUUCCAGAGACUCAGCCGUGUCUCAGUGCGUCCAAUGACAGCAAUCUCAGCUAUGGCGACUAUACAUGAAGAUAUAUGCCGAAGCGCUGAAAGCAAACGCACCGCCAUGGUGAUUCUUCCGUUUCAUAAGCACGUUAGGCUUGACAGAACGUGGGAGACGACAAGGAACGACUACCGUUUGAUUAACAAGAAGGUUAUGGAGGAAGCUCCAUGUUCUGUCGCGAUUCUUGUUGAUCGUGGCCUUGGUGGUGCGACACGAGUCGCGUCCAGUGAUUUCACGUUAGUGAUAACGGUUUUGUUUUUUGGAGGGAAUGAUGAUCGCGAGGCGUUAGCGUUUGCGGUGCGGAUGGCGGAACAUCCUGGUAUAAGCCUAACCGUGAUUCGGUUUAUUCCUAGUGAGGAGUUUAAACCGGAAAACGUGAAGCUGGAGAUAACCGAAGAUCAAGCCGGUUCAUGUUCAGGGGAAACUAAGUUGACUGAUAUAGAAGCUAUAACCGAACUUAAAGCAAAGGUUAAAGAACAAGAAAGCUCUCGUUCUGAUUCAGACAUCGAAUCUAAGAUCAUUUACGAAGAUAAAAUCGUGAGAUGCCACGAUGAAAUUUGCGAGGUUAUAAAAGAAUGUUCAAGAAGCAAUCUUUUCUUGGUGGGGAAGUCACCGGAAGGUUCGGUGGCGUCGGGGUUAAACGUGGUAAGAAGCGACACGCCGGAGCUUGGGCCUGUCGGGAAUUUAUUAACUUCAAGUGAAAUUGUUUCCACGUCCGCGUCGGUGUUGGUGGUGCAACAGUAUGUAGCAAGUUGUGAUUCUCCGGCUGUGGGAGUUCUGAAGAGGACCACGAAAGGAGUGUUGCCGGUUGAGGAUUUCAAGAGUCCUUAGGGGAUUGUCUUUGUGAUUCCAAGAUUCGAAAGGUCAAAAGAAUUGGCUUGUAUAAUAACAUCUGUUUCAUAUUGUAAGAUAUUAAAUGUGAAUGUAUGAUUUCUGUGUUAAAAAAUACAUAUGAUCUCUAUAUAUAUGG